GCUCGGAAACAUCUGGCCGCCGCAGAGUGCUCCAGCUCCCCUCGUCCCCCGCCGCUCCUCCCGCUCCUCCUCCUCAACCUCCUCCUCCUCCUUCACAGCCCCUGUUAUGGAAAUUAGUCCAAAGUCGAUCUAGUUCGGUCUCCGGCUGGACGGACACACACACCGCGGAGGCUGGGACCGGGACGCCAGGACGCCAGGACGCCGGGAGGAAGACGUCGGACCGUGUUGUGUGUUAUGAGGACGGCAGGAUGGAGUUCCCAGACCACAGCAGACAUUUACUCCAGUGUCUGAGCGAGCAGCGGCACCAGGGCUUCCUGUGUGACUCCACGGUGCUGGUGGGCGAUGUCCAGUUCCGUGCGCACCGUGCUGUGCUGGCCUCCUGCAGCAUGUACUUUCACCUCUUCUACAAGGACCAGCUGGACAAGAGAGAUGUGGUGCAUCUCAACAGCGACAUUGUCACAGCCCCGGCCUUUUCCCUGCUCCUGGAGUUCAUGUAUGAGGGCAAGCUGCAGUUCCAGGACCUUCCCGCGGAGGAUGUGCUCGCAGCGGCCAGCUACUUACACAUGUAUGACAUUGUGAAGGUGUGUAAGAAACGUUUGAAGCAGAAGGCCACGACGGAGGCGGACAGCACGCGCAGAGAGGAGGACGGUGGCUCCAGCUGCUCUGAUAAGGCCGACAGUCUAUCAGACGGUUCUACCGGCCGGCCUGCGACUGCCGACCUGCUGCACAGUGACGAGGAGGAGGAUGCGAAGGCAGAGAGUGCACCGCUGUGGCUGAGGCUGCCGUCAGCAGACAGACCAGCGACACCGGCCUUGGCUACAACCAGCCCAGGUCACAGUGAGGCUGUGACACAGGCUGGGGAGAGUCUUCGGGAGAGAGGAAAGCUGCUCUCUCCGGCCGGAAGCCCCUCCAGCUCCACUGGAUCCCUCUCCCAGAGGUCCCACCGCUCCGUGAGCUCUCGUGGAGCGCACAGGGGCAGGAGGGUCUCAAAUGAUGUGGCUGACUGUGUCCUGGACCUGUCAGUGAAGCCUAUCCCCAGUAGCAACCACAGCAACCACCACCAAUCCUAUUUCAGCGGUGCAGCCACACCAGACCGCCUCCAAAGCCCAUUGGCUGUGAGGGUGAAGGUAGAGAGAGGCGUGGCUUCAGACGAGGAAGAGGAACUUGGAGGUGGGGACUAUGAAAUGGAGCACAGCGGCAUCACCAAGGCAACAGUUCCCAGUGCCAACGGGGGCCUAACCCACCACGGGGUCGGAGGGCCUCUGUCCGUCCAGCGGCGGCUUGGCCUGGAGGCGCACCUGUCCGCCCUGCGAGAGGCCUCCCUGGCCUCCGAGCUGGAGCGAGACGAGAAGCCUCCGACCACAGGAGAUGACGAUGACCUGCUGGGAGGUGAACACGAGCGCGCCCAGGCCGAGGUGGCCAGCAUGGAUAGUGCCCUGCUGCCCUACGUCUCCAACAUGCUGUCAGCGCAACACACCCAGAUCUUCAUGUGCCCGCUGUGCAACAAGGUCUUCCCCUCCCCGCACAUCCUCCAGCUUCACCUCAGCUCCCACUUCAGGGAGCAGGAGGGCAUCCGCGCCAAGCCCGCCGGAGACGUCAACGUGCCCACCUGCACCAUCUGCAGCAAGACCUUCUCCUGCAUGUACACGCUGAAGCGCCACGAGCGGACACACUCUGGUGAGAAACCCUACACCUGCACCACCUGCGGCAAGAGCUUCCAGUACUCACACAACCUCAGCCGCCACGCAGUGGUGCACACGCGGGAGAAGCCGCACGCUUGCAAGUGGUGCGAGCGGCGCUUCACGCAGUCCGGGGACCUCUACCGACACAUCCGCAAGUUCCACUGUGAACUGGUCAACUCGUUGUCGGUAAAGAGUGAACCGCUGGCACUGCCCAAUGUCAGGGAUUGGGCGAUUGAGGACAGCUCCCAGGAACUGUGGAAGUAGAACAGACUGCUGGGUUUGAUAAAGGGAAAGAAAGAGCAGAGUGAGAAAGGCAGAGAGCCAUGGGGAGGUGAAGAGAAGUUUGAUGUUCGGGGUUUAAGUGAGUCAUGUUCUUGUGUGUCGCAAAAUCUCAUUCAAUUGCACUUUAAUAGCACAUGAAAAUGUUACUACUGAUUUUUUUUUUUUUUAUUCUAUUUUAUUCUGAACUCUUAUUUUUAUUUGGCGUAAGUUCUGUUUGGUGGUUUUCAUUGCGUCUAAGGACAUGGGUCCCAGUGAGAAUGUCUUGCCUUUAUUUUUUUGAAGAGUUUUCACUCUGUUUGUGUUUCAUCUCAGAAACAACACUCCGACGCUGGCCAGCGUCUCGGUCCCAGUCCCACAGACAGCAAACCACUGCAGGAGUUCAGGUCGAACACACUGAAGUGAAAAAGCAUUUCAAUACACUAAAUGGGUUCUGUGAUCGCCACGAGUCCAUACCACCGCACACACAGUUUGAAGAAAUGUGUGCGUGUGUGUGCGUCUGUGCGCGCAGUCCCGCACUACUCUGGCAAAAAUUUUCACCUGAUGUGCGUGAGUGUGUAUGAGUGAGUUUUGUGUGUAAUUAAUUUUAUUUUCUACUGGCAUGGAGGUGUCGUUGGCGAAGCGCUCCCGCUUCUCUCGUUAAGCUCUUUGGUGUGGUGUGUUCAGGGGGAAGCCGACUGACUGACAGACUGAUGGCACUCAUGCAAUGCACAGCCUCCUUUUUUCACUUUGAAUCAAUUUGAAGUAUUUUCUAAAAAUGAGAA